CGCGACGCCCGACACGCCAAGAGUCGACUCGUCCUCUUCGACAAGACUAUUAUCAUUGACCCGAUCUAUGAUCGCACGCCUCAACAGAUGCCCCGUCGGCCGCGUUCUGUCACUCCUGAGUACCCAAUGGGUGGCGGCAGUGGUGGCGGCGGUUCACGUAGGGGUGGCGGCGGUGGUGGCGGUCGCGGACCUCCAUCGCCACCGAUGCCCAGAGGCCGACCUCCGCCUCCACCUAUGGGUAGGAAUUCGAUGAACGAUAUAAAGUAUAUGCAGCCGCAUCGAGACAACUAUCGGGACAUGCAUUCAAUGCGUAAUCAAGACUAUCAUCACUCGGGCGGUGGUGGAGGAGGCGGUAGUGGCGGCGGCGGAGGAGGAGGUGGUGGCGGCAGCGGCGGUGGCGGUGGUAACCGUCAUCAGCAGCAACAGCACCGGGAGUCCAAAAAGGAG